AUGUGCACUUUGGUCCAGGAGGCGGCGAUAGCAGCCGCUCGCCAGUGGUCCACUGGUUCCCACGGUGCGCGUAUGUUAGGUGGGAACUCAACGAUUCUGAGGGAUUUAGAGAGAGCAGUUGCGCGUUAUUACGGCAGGGACGACGCGUUGCUGUGUGCAACGGGUUUCUUAGCGACGAUGAGUGCAGUGGCUGCGGUUUCUAAGAAGGGCGACUUGAUUGUAGCAGACAGCCGGUCUCACGCCUCUCUCCGCACGGGCAUGUGCAUCAGCGGCGCGCGGUAUCUCUUUUUCAAACACAACAACUACUCGCACCUGAAGCGGCUGCUCCAGAAGGAGCGCAGCAAGGCAAGAAACUGCUGGAUCGUGAUAGAAAGCGUGUACUCGAUGGAAGGAGAUAUAGCAGAUCUGCCUGUUGUGCGUUCUCUUGCGGAUGCCUUCAACGCAAAAAUAAUCUGUGACGAGGCACACGGCUUAGGGAUAUUGGGGGCGACGGGUCGGGGCCUAGAGGAGUACUACAACAUGCCUGGUGCUUGCGAGGUGUUGUGCGGUACCUUCUCAAAGUCUAUCGGGGGUGUAGGCGGCUUCAUCACCUGCAAGAAGCCCCUCGUCGACUUCAUGGAUUUCCACGCCCCCGGCUCAGUCUUCUCUGCCUCGCUAACUGCCUAUUCCGCAGGGGGGGCCCUCAAGGCAUUCGAGCUUAUGACUGGUGCGCAGCAGUGGCGCAUUAAGAAAGCACAGGAAAAUGCGCGUUACUUGCGGCAUUUGAUUGAGACAGGAGACGGGCACUGGCCUGCAGAUUACCCUGAAGAACUCAAAUACGAAGUUGAAGGCAUGCCUUGCACAACUGUCAUUCCGGUCGUCUUUCCUAAUAGCCCCCAACGCAUGUUCCGCAUCACAACCUGUCUCCUAGACAAGGGCUUCUACUGCGCAGCCGCUGCCUUCCCCGCAUGCCCCCUCCUUCGACCCAGAAUCCGCAUCACUGCAACUGCGGCCUACUCCAAGGAACUCAUGCAUGCGUUUGUCAGGGCGCUCGUGCAAACCACUGUCGAGAUGCUCCCAGACGAUCAACACAGCAAAAAGACGCAACAGCGCAUGCACGCGACGACCGCCAAGGCGGACUGA